AUGGCCGGCAGGUUGGCGCUCAGUCAUGCCCAGAAAGUGCAAGCGGCAUCGGCCUAUCGAAGCUUGAUCCGGUCCUCGAAAUUCACCUUCGAAGCCGAUCGUCAAACCUAUCGAGAGUUCCUGAUCCGAGCGAAAGAGCUCUUCUCGACAAAAGUGCUCAACCCAAGCUACCUCCUCUCCAGCCAUCCCGAUCCGAAGGAACUGCCCCCAGAAAAUUCCAACUGUACGCCGCACGAGCUCGUGUUACGCGAUCGGUUCGAACACGAACUCCGCGGGGUCCACGAGCUCUCGAAAUAUCUGACUCGGAAUAUCGUCCAGGGGAAGCACUCUGAUGAUGGACAACGAUUGGUUCUGAGGUUUACCGACAAGACAGAGGUCGGCGAUAACUCGACGAUCAAGAACCCGGCCCCCACGGGCUCCUUCCUCCCGUCUUCGGGAUGUUGCGGAGGCUCGCAUCACUCCGAGUCAUCCACCCCUCCCCCACGACUUAUCUUCAAUACUUAG